AUAACUUACAUACAUAUAUACUCGUAUAUAAUAAAGAAAAUAACUACAAAUAUCAAUAAAUAUAAAUAUGCAUGGCAUAACGCAUUUAUAUCGACAGCAUGCUGUCGAAAAACAGCUGAGCGCCGAUAGCGCAUGCUCGACGACUCACCAUCAUCACCACAACAAUCAUUCACCUUUCGGUUCACGUAAUAGUUAUCCACGUGACAGCAUUAGCUACGAAAGCAACGAUUCAUCGGGCAGUAAUAAUGACACGACAAAUCGUUUGCAUAGCGUUGACUCGGGCAGCAGUUCCGGUUCCUCGACCAAUUCCAAAUCACCGAAUUGGUCACAAGAUAAAGUAAUUGAGAAAUUAGUACAGUCAUCCAGUCCGCAACCAGUGCCAGAAGGUAGCAAAUCGCUCAACAAUCACUACCGCAACUCGCCAUCGAAUGCCAACAACAUGACACGAAGUUCCUAUGACAGCCACAGUAAUAGUUUCAAACGUACCAAUUCGAAACGCAACUACUUUGAUCGAUCUCAUAGUCCUGCCGUAUAUGCUAGCCUACGUCGUUACCCCAACGAUUAUUGUGGUUCACCGCCCGUCAAUGCCACACAAGGUGGCUACUUUCCGCAUGAUCUCGAUGAUAUUUACGAAUCGCAGGCCGAUCAUCAAUAUUUUACUCAUACGGGUGCGAGCAGUGCGCGUACACCGGAACGACCAAGUAUAAACUCGAUAUUUCAUCGAGUAGGCGCUGCCUACACCUCGCUGGACGAUUAUGUAGGACAAUCGCGGAAUUCGGUCGAGAGUAGUUCGUCGUAUAAAUAUCGUUUUGAUAAUAGCAGUUUUGCAAAGAGUUUGAGCACAAAUGAAGAUAGUGACAAUUCUUUGCCACGUGAACAUAAGAAAUCAAAGGAGCAUCAUAAUCACCAUCACCAUCAUCAUCAUCAUUCAAUACAGGAAAUGUUGAAAUCAUUUUCAAAAAAAGUACACAUUUGGCCACGCAAAUCACAUGAUACGAAUAGCGUUUGCACAUCGCCGCUCAACGAUCCGCAAGAGAAUUUCCGUUCGCGCUCGAAGAGUUUGGAUGUGAAUACGUUGAGUCGGCCGAAUCGGAUAUUGGAGGAUUGCGGUGCGACAUAUAAAAUCUAUGAGAAAAUUGUUAAAGAAGGUAAAUGA